AUGGGCAAAGACAACCAGGAGGAUGCAAAGAACAUCCAACUACUGGCGGAACAAACCAUUCGUAGCUCACUUAGAACCAUGAUUAGCUGGAUGUACAGGCGUCCAGUUAAGAAGGGAAGUUUGCCCGCUUAUUGGAGUCGAAAAGCUCUGCAGCAUGAAUACCAACUUUCUCGGGGCACAGGCAAAGCUCGCAAAGGAGAAGCGUCAGAAGUCACUUACGAUUCCACGACACAACAACCACAAAAGGCGACAAAAUUCAAAACCCCAUAUUCAGGUUCUCUGCUUUUGACCUCCAAAUUAGACGAGCCCACCCUUUCCUUACCCCUCUACUUCAAACGGCUCAAAGUCAACCUUUUGAGCUCUAAAAACGUCUCCUCCUACUUCUCCAUCGCCAACUUCCAUUUCCAGUCCCUCUCUUCAAGUGACGGUGGCUUUAACUUGGACUUUGCCAUUUUGGCUAUUAUCUGUCUCUUCGUGAUAUUACUUAACCAUUCACGCAACCAAUUUCAAGAUGCUGGUGUUCGAAAUCUACCAUCUUCUGAUGUCAAAGCAUCCAAAGCACUUCCAUUUCUACUACUUACCUCUUCAUUUUUAAAUUGUCUUUUUACACUACACUCUUUUUCAUUAACACGCAGCCUGCUUAUCCAUUUGCUUUGUUAA